GUAUCCAUCAAGACUCAGAUGCUUAACGGACUGUGCCAUCCAGGCGCAAGUGCCAAUUUUUUUAUGGGAUUUGAGAACCAAUGGGUAAAAUUCACGGAUAAGAACUACACAAUUUAAGACUGUGUGAGCUUUCAAAAAGUCAAAUAAAAUGAAAUAUUUAUUCCAAUUGCAGUUCUCAAUUCAUUCCCACCUUGUAAAAGUUGAACAUUUCCUAUUUCUCGUUACUAAAAAAGAACCCUCACUUAAACUUACAUUUAAAGUUUCUCAGUCGGGGCGCCUAGGUGGCUCAGCCGGUUAAACGGCUGACUUUGGCUCAGGUCAUGAUAUCACCGUUUGUGAAUUCAGAUCCCUCCCCUUCUCUCUGCCCCUCCCCUGCUGGUUCUCCAUCUCUCUCAAAAAUAAAAUUAAAAAAUUUUAUUAAUAAAAAAAUAAAAAGUUUCUCUGCCAACUUCAAUGUGCAAGAAGGUCUGUAGUUCUCCAAAAAUUCUUUGAGGCAGGAAGCGAGCAAAUCCGUCAAACUUUGUUUCAAAGCUCCGGAAAGUGUUUUCUGCUUCCCUCCGCUUUAGCGUGCUUUCCCGCCCAGCCACGUCGCUUGUACUGCCGGGUGAGAAAGUUAGCAUCUUUCGCACCACCGUGGGCGGGGCGUAGCUCCCAGGGAACUCCCAGCGUUCACCCAGGGUGCGUGCUCCCCGCCCUGUUUCCUGCGUUCCCGCCAGAUUUUUAAGUUUCAUUUCUCGCUCUGACUGCUGGCUUCUCCAACCUCUGACUGCUGGCUUCUCCAACCUCGGCCUUUUCGCGAAGCCGAGUCUCCCGGCUUUCGGGGAGCAGAGAGCGCCAGCCAUGGAUCACCGGGGCGGAAAGGCCACGAGGACAGCUUCAAAGGCCGCGACCGCUACCUCCAAGAUUUCGGCUCAGGGAGUGAAGGGUCUCCGGGAGGAGCCCAGCGAAUCUCCGUUCGCCCCUGGGGCUACCCGACCCAACUCACGGAAGUGCGGCGCCGUCGGGGCAUCGGGAUCCCUGCUGAGGAGUAGCAUCCCCGGUUCCCCGGAGAGACCCCAGGUACGCGCGCGGGGUGCCCGCGCCAAAAAGGCGCUUCUGGAGGCUGAGGACGCGGUGGAGGGGCAGGCGGUUCCGGCGGCGAAGCUGGAGCCUCCGGCGGCGGGGCCGCCCCUUUCCAGGGCUAGUUCUCGCCGCAGGGGCAGCGCGCGCGCCGCUGGGGAGCACAGACCCCCGCCAGAGCCCAUGGAGUUUCCCAGCCCUGGCCCGCUAGUUUCAGCUUCGGGGGCGGCGCCCGGCGGCUGGAAUCCCCGGGCGGUGCUAGACAAAUUGAGGCUGAGGCGCCAGGAAAUCUCAUUGGCGGCUGAGACUGUGAACAAGGUUGUGGACCACCUGCUGCGGGGCUUGAAGAGCUGUGAUUCCGAAUUCAAAGACGUCGGGCUGCUGCGCACCGGAAGCUACUACGAGCAUGUGAAGAUUUCUGCUCCUAAUGAAUUUGAUAUUAUGUUCAAACUGGAGGUCUCCAGAAUUCAGCUAGAAGAGUAUCGCAACAGUGGUGCAUAUUACUUUGUGAAGUUCAAAAGAAAUCCUAAAGGAAAUCCUCUGAGUCCGUUUUUAGAAGGGGAAAUAUUAUCAGCUUCUAAGAUGCUGUUGAAGUUUAGGAAAAUCAUUAAGAAAGAAAUUGAAAACAUUGAAGAUGUCGUUGUCCAGAGGAAGAAGAGAGGGAGUCCUGCUGUAACACUUCUUAUUAGAAAACCUAAAGAAAUAUCUGUGGAUAUAACUCUGGCUUUGGAGUUAAACACCAGCUGGCCUGCUAGCACCAAGAAUGGCCUGCCCGUCAAGGACUGGCUUGGAACAAAAGUUAGAAGCAGUCUAAGACAGCAGCCAUUUUACCUGGUCCCCAAGCAUGCAAAGGAAGGAAAUGGUUUUCAAGAAACGUGGCGGCUAUCUUUCUCUCACAUUGAAAAGGACAUUUUGAAAAGUCAUGGACAAUCUAAAACAUGCUGUGAAAUUAAUGGGAUGAAGUGUUGCAGGAAAGAUUGUCUAAAACUAAUGAAAUAUCUUUUAGAACAAUUGAAAAUAAAGUUUGAAAACCGAAAGGAACUGGAUAAGUUCUCCUCUUACCAUGUGAAAACUGCCUUCUUUCAUGUAUGUACCCAGGAGUCACAAGACAGUCACUGGCACACUAGAGACCUGGAGCUCUGUUUUGAUAACUGUGUGGCAUACUUUCUUCAGUGCCUCAAGAUAGAACAUCUUGAGCAUUAUUUUAUUCCUGGAUUCAAUCUAUUCUCUCGGGACCAAAUUGACAAAAUAAGUAAAGAAUUUCUAUCACAGGAAAUUGAAUAUGAGAGAAACAAUGGAUUUCCAGUUUUUCAUAAACUUUGAAAUUAUAUUUUUAAAAAGAAUCAAGAAUUAGAGUGACUUUAUCAUAUUGCAGUGUUUGAAAUUUGUCACAUUAAUGGUUAACUAAAAUGAAUGUAAAUCAUUUAACUCUUUUGUCUUAAUGAACUAUAAUCAGUAUAAACAGAUUGAUUAUCCUAGGAAAGAGAUUAGUCAAGGAAUAAAGAAGCAAAAGGAGUAUUUACAAUAUAAAAGCUUUACUAGACUGGAAUGAAAAGGACAAAAUACUUAUCACCUGAAUUAAAUUCAUCAAGCACUUAGUAAACACCACUUCUAACCUAGCACAAAUGUGUGAAAUUUGCGAGAGACGUUAGAAAUGAUCAUUGCCUCCAUAAAAAUGGCAGACUUUGUUCAAUGCUCAUAUUUGGAAGCAAUGUCUUGUCACAUAUGCCAGAAUCAGUAAGAAGGAAAUGAAAAGUCUACAUCAUCUCUACAUGUCUCAGGAAAUCCAUGUCAUAGCAAAAUACAGAAUACACAUGGAUAAAUAUAAAACAUACAACUUACUUUUAUUAUAUUUAGUAACACUUUUAUAUAUAUUUCUGAAAAGGCAAUACAUGUAUAUGGUACAACACUCAAAGAAACAGGUACUUCCAUACCUGCUAUUUCCAAAUGUUACCCUUUCUCCUCUGUGCUCAGGCAGCAUUCAACUUAGAAGCAGCUGCUGUUUGUUAACUUUUUCCCAUUCAUACAUUUUGCACAUUUUCUUAUUGGCUAUUUUACUGUUUUCUCAUUUUUUGUAGAAGUUCUUUAUAUAUUUUGGAUACUUACGCUUUGUUGGUUGUGUAACAAAUAACUUCUCUCAUUGUGUGGAGUGUCUUUACCAUUUUUGGUGUUUUAGUAAACAAGGUUUUAAAAUUUUAAUGUAA